AUGGUGCUCACAGACAGAACCUCACGACCAUCCGCUCCCAAGAAGGUUCCCAACAAGCGGCAGCCCCUGCGGCCCCAGGGCCUGCCGUCCCCUGCCCUGUGUUGUGCAUGUGGCCUUUGCAUCCUGCUGGCCGGCAUCAACAUCACCCUGGUGGGCGCUUUCGCCUUUGGCACUUUCGUCCCUACUGGCAACCCCCCCAUCAUCAUCGGCCCUUUGCUCUUGCUUGUGGCCUUGGCCUUCUUCACAGCAUGCUGCGUGUGCAGCAGGAGGCCCCCAGCCCAUGCGGCUCGCAGGGCCAAAGGUGGCGAGAGCUGGGGGCUGAUGCGGAUGGGAGCGGCGGCGUUUGAGAUGGAGACGAGCGAGCACACCCUGCAGGACACCACCACGGCCCAGCUCAGCCCCACCAACUCACCCAGCUCCUCACAGAAGUCCAGCUCCAGCAACGAGGACAACUCCGCUCUGCCGGCCUGUCAGGAGGGAGCCGGUCAACCCACCUCGACCUCUGACUGCAAGGAGAGCCAUCCCAUCCAGAUGCUGCCAUCUCACAACACCUCCGCUACGUAG